AUGGCGACCGUCUCUCCUUUCCCAGACAAGGAAUUGGCGGGUGACGAUAUCAGGAAGUCAGCCGAGUUUGGUGUCCAGGAGGCUACUCAGCAACACCAAACACGCCGUGGUCUAUCCCCUCGCCAUGUGCAGCUCAUGACCAUUGCGGGAGGAAUUGGAGUCGGUCUGUUUGUGGGCGUAGGCUCCGUUCUACGUGACGCAGGACCACUUCCACUCUUCCUUGGCUACUUCAUCUAUGGUGUCUUCUUCAUCUGGCCUACGUGUCUGAACGUCGCUGAGAUGGUGGCAUGGCUUCCUGUCCGCGGUUCCAUCUACGAGCUUGCGAAUCGCUUCGUUGAUCCUGCUCUCGGUUUCGCCAUGGGCUGGACCUACUUUUUUGCCGGCACCAUGCUCGUGUGCACUGAGUACUCCGCUGUCGCAACUGUCAUGGAAUAUUGGAAUACGUCUAUCAAUCCGGCCGUGUGGAUUGCCAUGUCAAUGGCCAUCUGCUACUUUCUCAAUAUGGUUGCAGUCAAGUGGUACGGCGAAACAGAGUUCAUUAUGUCUUCAACAAAGGUCCUCUUGCUUAUCGGCUUGGUUAUGGCAACUCUCGUUACGAUGGCUGGCGGCAACCCACAAAACGACGCGUACGGCUUCCGCAACUGGUCCAACGGCGAUUUUAUACACUCGUAUUAUGCCGAUGGCGCUACUGGCAUGUUUCUGAGCAUCUGCAUUUCCGUCCGAUACGCCGUCUUUACCAUGCCUGGGCCCGACAUGAUCGCCCUCGCCGCUGGAGAGAUCCGAAACCCUCGCAAGACCAUUCCCAACGUGGCCAGGAUGGUGCUGGCUCGCGUCUUUGGCAUCUAUCUGAUCGGUGUCCUUGCAGUGGGAAUUCUUUGCAACUCACGAGAUGCCCGGCUCUUGGGAGCCAUUGCAUCGGGACAGUCUGGUGCAGCAGCAUCGCCUUGGGUAGUGGGCCUUCUCAAUCUGGGGAUCGAAGGCUUUCUCCCCGGCUUCAUCAACUUCCUCAUUCUGCUUUCGGGGUUAUCAUGUGGCAAUGCCUUCCUCUACAGUUCAAGCAGAACGCUCUACUCCCUGGCUCAAGAUGGACAAGCGCCAAAGAUUUUCCUCGAGUGCACUGAAGUUGGCGUGCCAUGGGUUGCAGUAACUGCGAUCACCGUCAUCUCAUGUCUUUCUUUUCUCGUGGCUUCAAACGGCUCCUACGUCGUCUUUAGCUGGUUCGUUGGACUGACGACGGUGUCCCUGUGUGCCAACUUCACAGCAAAGGCCUGGGUCUUCAUUGGGUGGCGCCGAGCACUCAAAGCUCAAGGAUACGCCCUCGUCGGGAAGAACAACAUCAACCAACGUCCCUGGCUUUCCAAGCUGGUCCAUUCCAAGCCGCCGGCGAGUGAAAUCACCGAGGACACCAUUGUUUUCCCCUACAUUGCUCCUUGUGGCACCUGGACACCCUACAUGAACUUGUUUCUUGGUAGCACGGUGUGCAUUUUUAUCGGCUUCGAUGUAUUCGCUCCAUUCUCAUAUCGUGGCCUGAUUACAAACUACUUUGGGCUACUCUGGUUCUGCUUCAUGUUUCUAUUUUGGAAGGUAUACAAGAAAACCAAGUUUGUAGUGGCAGCAGACGUGGAUAUUUACGCCGCAGGACGCAAGCAGGCGGUUGACGAAGAGUGCCGUCACUGGGAAGAUGGGUCCUCCGCCGAGAGCGAGUACGAACAACUUAAGCAGGUUAAUGUUUUCGUCCGUGGAUGGAAGAAGUUUUGGGGAAACUGA